UGUGUCAGUAGAGCUGCUGUCUCUCAGCGAGACUCGAUCUGUCUCUCUUCUAAAACUGGACUUUAGAGAAACGAUGCUCAUCUUUGGAUUAAUGCUGCUGCAAACCGCUGCUUGUCUGGAUCAGUUCUGCAGGUUUAAUCAGUCUGAUCCCUGUUACACAGCUCUGGGACACAAACUCAAUCUGAUGAUGGUGCAGGAUGCUAUUAAAUAUGAUCUGACGAUAAAAAAGAGAAUAAACUACAACACAGCAGAUGAUCCAGUUUGUAGAGUAAAGUAUGGCAGGAUGAGGAUGAGUCAGUGUGAUCUUUAUAAUAACAGACCUGAAGUGACAAUCAUUAAUGGGUCUCUUAUAAUAAACCGUGUGAUCAGAACAGAUUCAGGGAAUUACAGAUUAACACUCACUGACUCAGACGGCACAGAAACAUUUCGAGGAGAUCUUCAAGUGAUUGUCGAAGGUGUUUCUCCCACAGGUCAUUCAGAGGUUCUGAUCGGUUUGGGAUGUCUUGCUGUAAUUCUCAUCGUUCUGGUCAUCAUCGCAUAUUACGUUUACAAGAAGAAGAAUCAGCUCAAACACACAAAUGUGGAAAAUGUCUCAGAAGGCCCUCAGACUCAGGAGAAGAAGGACCAAGAGAUUCAAUAUGGAGAAGUGAUAUUCACCGACAGUAAGGUUCGACAGCAGCCGUGUAAAGCACAGGACGAGUGUUUGUACGCUCAGGUGCAGUCACAAACCACCGCAAGACCAUCCGCGGUCAAUGUAUAGUUUCACUUCUUCACUGGCGUGAAGACACUACACGACAGCUUUUAGCUGCUUGUGAUGAAAUGCUCGGCUUGGUGCACUUUUUCUUUCCUGUGUGGCAACAGAAAAACACAGCAUCUGAUCCAGAACAGAAAUAUAUGAAGAUAAACUCUGAUUGACUUUCCAAUGAAGCCGCUGAAGGGAUCCACGACUGCUGUGAACAAUUGAUGACUUUUUAUAUAAUUAAUGACAUACUGUGCAAUGUUUGUUUCCUUGUGUUGCCUUCCUUCCAAGAUAGCACACGUACGUCUGCAAGAUGUCUGUUGAAGAUCGCUUGAUCUGGAAAGCAUCUACUGUGUACAAACGUCUGACAGAUGUCUUUCAGAUGUCAGUUUUACAUACAUUCUGAAUCAUAAACAUCUUAAAGGCAUCUAAUACACGUCUGCUUGACAUCUGAUAGGAAACGUCCAAUAGACGUAUUGCAGAUGAGACCUAACAUUCUAAAGGCCCCCCGUUUUCGUUCUUCGUUUGGGGGGAAUAAGUUUCCCAGCAGCGUGAGGGUGUCUGAAUGUUCGGAAAGGCUGAGCGAUGGUGUACUGUUUCUGAACAUUCAGACACCCCCGUGCUGCUGGAGAUGGGGUGUAGAUUAAUGUAUCCCCUAAACACAACAACGACAAAAUGAUGAAGUGUAGGCGGUCUAGGAGUGACAUGGGUGAUUAGCAGCAGUUCAGAAUAUCAUGUUUGCAAUGCAAAAUAACCAUAAUCAGUCCGUUAUGAAAAGUGUGAAUGUAUCAUAGUCUGUAAAACUGUAAGGCAUGAGGUGGAAAAAAAAAAUAUUGGAGUCAGUUUUUUAUUUUCUUUUAUUAGUGUUCAUUUAUUUUAUUAAAUAGGAUAAAUUGUUACACGUUAUUAUAUUUGAUGUGGUGUCAUGAUUUACUUCUGAUAAAAACAAAGGUUUAUUAUUGUAUGUUUGUUUGGCAUUUCAUUUAUUGU